AUGGUGACCCUUGGUGUUGAAGACGUUGAGGAAAGUGCCGACGAUGAAGACGACGAAGAUAAUCCUACAGCUACUACUUCUGUUCAAGUUGCCGCUGCUACUUCUGUUCAGGCUGCCGCUGCUACUUCUGAUAAUAAUUCCCCUGUAGUUACACAAGAACCUGCAUCUCCUGCAGUCAUACAAGAUCCUGGAUCUUCUCUACCUACUGCUGCUUCUGUGAGGUCAUUCAUCACGUUAUUUUCUUCUACUACCACUACUACUACUACUUUUACAUGGAGACUGUUUUGA